AAAAGAAGGUUAUAGCGACCACUGGUUACGCGUGAGUAGAAACAGCCAGAUUGGAAAAGACGAGUGUUAACGGGAUACAGCAGAAUAUGCCUACACCUAUAUCUCUGUCGACCGGACCUGGAGUAGUAAGAGCGUAUGGUUGCCGCUACAUUACGCCACCUCUUAAACGCUUACUAGCCUACACCCUCCUCCAUAACCAACAACACAACCAUAGCCAUCGUCCUCGUCUUCCUCUGUUUUCCACUCUUUCCUCUUUUCAUCUCCCGCCAAACCUCAAUCGUCUCCUCACUGGUGACUGCCCCUUUUCCGGGAUGGAGCGAUACUGGACUGGAAGUACCAACAAUAAGAAUAAAGCCAUGGUAGAAAAUCUGCGACGCGAUGGAGUGAUUACAUCAAAGAAGGUAGCUGAAGUAAUGAGUACUAUUGAUAGGGCAUUGUUUGUACCAGAUGAGUGCCCUCCUUAUGUGGAUAGCCCCAUGCCAAUUGGUUACAAUGCUACCAUUUCUGCACCUCACAUGCAUGCAACUUGCCUUCAGUUGUUGCAGGAUAACUUGCAGUCUGGUAUGCAUGCUUUGGAUGUGGGCUCUGGUACUGGGUACUUGACUGCGUGCUUUGCAUUGAUGGUUGGAUCCCAAGGCCGCGUGGUUGGUGUGGAACAUAUUCCCGAGCUUGUCGUAGAAUCCAUCAAGAACAUUGAGAAAAGUGCAGCUGCUCCAUUAUUGAAGGAGGGUGCCCUUUCCAUUCAUGUUGGUGAUGGAAGACAAGGUUGGCCAGAGUGUGCACCUUAUGAUGCUAUACAUGUUGGCGCUGCUGCACCUGAAAUUCCAAAGCCACUGAUUGACCAGUUAAAACCUGGUGGCAGAAUGUUGAUUCCUGUUGGAAACAUUUUCCAGGAUUUGAAGGUUGUGGACAAGAACCAAGAUGGUUCUAUCAAUGUUCGGACCGAGACUUCAGUCCGUUACGUUCCUUUAACAAGUCGGGAAGCACAAUGGCAGGGUUAAGAGUUUGCCAUGGUUUCUGGUGAGAUUGAGUGUGGGAAAACAACUUCGCAAUUUUGCAUCAAUCGCUCAUGGAUCUUGACAAGCUAGUGUACAUAUAGUGUGUAUGUGCGCGUAUAUGCGGCUCUUGUAAUAUAAAAUCAUUUUGGUUCUCUGUUGCUGCUUUGUUAAUGGUUCUUGCUUGUCAAUGGUCGGUCACCCCUCCCUGGCUUUGCAGGUGAUAAAAUGCUGUCAUUACAUCUUA